AUGGUGCUCCGGCGCCUUGAAAAUCAAGGGUCGUAUGAUAUAUUGAUGAAUGGAUUUCCCUUACAAUCUACCACUACUCCUAAGAAAGCAAAUAAAGUGUUUGAACCCUUUGAAUAUAGUCUUGAGAUUAGCAUUUAUAGGAGUCCUAGAGGGACAUUCGAGGCUGACAAGACCUGCGUGGGUAGUCAAAUCGGCAUUUGGGAUCGUGAAGCAUGGUGGUCUAGGGUUGAGAAGCAUGGUGGUGUGACCCCCAUAAAUCUCGGCAAAUCUCGGCCACCGCCCUGA